UUUGAGAGACGUGACGAAUAUGCGGCGGUGAAAUAGCAGGCUGGUAAACAGCGACCGGUCUGGGCUCGCCCAGAAGCUGUCAUGGCGGCGGAGGGGCUGGCGGGGCUUUUGCCCGCCCAGACCCAACUGGAGUACGCCCUGCUGGACGCCGACACUUCCCAGGAGAAGGAAAACUUGGUCUACCAGUACCUGAAGAAGAUGGACAGCCGGGAGCGGGACCUGACGGUGCCCGAGCUCGGCGGAGAUCUACAAUGGUUAAAUACUGAAGGUCCUAUCUCUCUUCACAAAGACCUUUGUGGAAAAGUUGUGGUGUUGGAUUUCUUUACUUAUUGCUGCAUCAACUGCUUGCACCUGCUGCCCGAUCUCCACGCAUUAGAGCGCCAGUUCUCUGAUAAAGAUGGUCUUAUUAUUGUUGGAGUCCAUUCGGCAAAAUUCCCAAAUGAAAAAGUUCUGGAUAACAUUAAAAGUGCCAUUCUGAGGUACAAUAUUGUCCACCCUGUAGUAAAUGAUGCAGAUGCAACCCUGUGGCAUGAACUUGAAGUGUCCUGCUGGCCAACUCUGGUUAUUUUGGGACCUCGUGGAAAUAUGCUCUUUUCACUUGUUGGAGAGGGACACAGAGAGAAAUUGUUUUUAUUUACUUCUGUAACACUGAAAUUCUACAAGGAAAGAAGACAAAUCAAAGAUAACAAGAUUGGAAUAAAGCUAUAUAGAGACUCACUCCCACCUUCUCCCCUGCUGUUUCCUGGCAAAGUGACCGUGGAUCAUUCGGGAGAAAGGCUGGUCAUAGCAGAUACUGGACAUCAUAGGAUAUUGGUUACUCGAAAAAAUGGACAAAUUCUACACACUAUUGGAGGUCCAGACAGUGGAAGAAGAGAUGGAAGAUUUUCAGAGGCAGCUUUCAACUCGCCACAAGGGAUUGCUAUAAAAAAAGAUAUUAUUUAUGUAGCUGAUACAGAAAAUCACCUCAUUAGAAAGAUUGACCUGGAGUUAGAGAUGGUGACCACUGUAGCAGGCAUUGGGAUACAAGGUGUCGAUAAGGAAGGUGGAGCAAAAGGAGAAGAACAGCCUAUCAGCUCUCCAUGGGAUGUGGUCUUUGGAAAUUCAAUUUCAGGGACCCAGGAAGAUGAUGUUUUAUGGAUAGCAAUGGCAGGCACUCACCAGAUAUGGGCACUGAUGCUGGAAGAUGGAAAACUACCAAAAGGAAGUGAUUUAAAGAAAGGAGUCUGCCUUCGAUUCGCUGGAAGUGGGAAUGAGGAGAACAGAAACAACGCAUACCCACAUAAGGCAGGCUUUGCACAGCCUUCUGGUCUCUCUCUGGCUUCUGAGGAACCAUGGAACUGCCUUUUUGUAGCAGACAGCGAGAGCAGCACUGUGCGAACCAUCUCCCUGAAAGAUGGAGCAGUGAAGCACCUUGUAGGAGGAGAGAGAGAUCCAUUGAAUUUGUUUGCCUUUGGUGAUGUGGAUGGAGCAGGCAUAAAUGCAAAGCUGCAGCAUCCCUUAGGAGUAACAUGGGACAAGAAAAGAAAACUGUUGUAUGUGGCAGAUUCCUACAAUCAUAAGAUUAAGAUUGUAGAUCCCAAGAUGAAGAACUGUGCUACACUGGCAGGCACGGGAGAAGCAAGCAACGUCAUUGGUUCCAGCUUUACGCAGUCCACAUUUAAUGAACCAGGAGGUUUGUGUGUUGAAGAAAAUGGCCGCUUGAUGUAUGUCGCAGACACAAAUAAUCAUCAGAUUAAAGUGCUGGAUUUGGAAACAAGAAUUCUUUCCAUGUUGCCUAUCCUGGAUCCAGAAGCAGGCGAUGUUCCAGAUAACCUGCCUGUGCAAAGGGAGAGAAUGACAAGCCUUCCAAAGCUGCCUAAAUCUGCACCAAAUGUUCAACUUCCUUCACUAACAGUAGCUCCUGGCCAGACAAUUAAGUUUUUAUUAAAGUUGACUCUUCCUCCAGAUUCAAAACUGAAUGUAGAAGCACCCAACUACUGGUUCAUCACGGCAGAAGAUAAUACCUGGUUGCUUCAAGGACAGCUUCUGUCUGGAGAAAUAAAGGAUGUUUCCUGUCAAACUGUAAUUCCUUUUCAGUUACCAGGGAGCUGUCUAUCAGCUGAAGCUAUCCUGGCUAUCAAAGUGUGCCUCUACUAUUGCAACAAAGGUAGCAGUGCCUGUAUGAUGAAAGGAGUCUCAUUCAAUCAGCCUUUACAUAUAGCUAGUGCAAACCAAGGCAGCUUGAUUCAAGUUGAACUGAUACACAUGUUUUUAAGUAACUAACCUGAAGCCAGCUAAUUUUAUACUUCAUUUUGGUAUCCACCAUUUCUAUAGGAGAAAAUGCAAAUAGGUAACUUUUCUCUGAUUUUCUUGGAGCUUAUGACAAAGCUAAGAAAUAAUAAACUUGAUAAAUGAAUUAACCGUUCCCUACAACUUAACGUGAAAAUUAAUCAUCACAACCUCACUUCUUUUCAUUACAGUAGCAGCAAUAAAAUUGUAAUACUUUAGCUCUGUUGCCAGUUGUGAAUAUGUUGGAUAUAUGCCAUUCUAAGCAAUGAGCAACAAUUGCUAGAGUCCCUUUGAAAGACCUGGUGUUACUUUGUGAUGUUACUGUAAGAAAGUCUUUGCACUGUAUAUACUGUUAGAAGAGCUAGAUCAUUUUGUACUAACAAGUUACAAGUUCCAUUUGUGCCCUUAUUAAAUUUUAAUAGAAUGUCAAAAUGAAUAGUUUCUUUCUCCACGCUGUAAAAGAGGUAUCUUGCUUAUUUUUCUGUAAUGGAAUUGAUGACACAUGUAUUUUGAAAAUACAUCAUAAGCUAAUUGUGGUUCUAAUUUUAUGCAAACUGAGUGUUUUGCUUAACUACAUACGACUGCCUUAUGUGAAGAGCAUAGUUCAUGGAAAAAUUUCUGUGAAAGGGAAGUGUUCAAGUUCCUACAGAAGAAUUUCCUGCUGAUUUCUAACAAAGAAUGUGCCUCUCUUAUGUGUAUAUAUAUAAAGAAAACCCCCACGGAACCAUGCUGGAGUUUUUCUGAUACAUACCAAUUUACAUUUUAUAAUAAGUGGGAGAUAAAGUUUGAAUAUCUGAACUGCAAAAAUGAAAUGUCAGCUAUUUCAAGCAGGGUGAAUCAUUUUACUACUUUUAUGAUUUCGCUAUAAAGACUUCUCUGAAGACUUUUGUCUUGCAAAUACGUAAUAUUAAGGAGAAUAUUAUACUCUUGAAGUCUGAUUCGGAGUCUUUUGAAGUCACUGUUAGUCCUUGCAUUUGUAAUAGUGGCCACUGAACCAGAACUGUAUAGUAGUGGAUUGUUUGCAUUAAUGUUCUUUUUGCUAGAAAACCUAAUAUUUGAGUAAGGUGCUUUAAAACUGCAUUACAAAAUUCUUCCUUUGGUUGGUAAUGUUUUGCAAGUAACAUUACUUCAGUUUGCCAUAGUAGGUAGUAGGAAUACAGGAGGGAGUGCAAGUUUUCUGCUUGAAGAGUUUCCUCAAUGCAAUUGGAUUAGGCUCUCUGCUCCGGUCAUGAGGAGCAGUUCUGAGAAGGUAAUUUUAAGUUUGAAGAUCGUAUUUUCACAUACGUUAUGAUGCACAGUAGUGAAAGAAUUUUUCUAUAGUUGUUCUAAUCACCACUGUUCCUGGUACCUGUCAGGUGUCAUACCCCAGUAUGAUUUGUUGUGGCUCUUUCCUACUUAAAGGCUGACUGAAAUGUUGGUCAUGAACUUGAAAGGCUUUUGUUUUAAGGGAGCCAUGCAGACUGGUGUGGUUUUUCCUUCUAUUGAAAUGCCAGUCUAUCUGCAAGUUCUCUGUACUACCAGAAAUGGUUAUUAUCUCACCUGUCAGCAAGCAAGGGCUGGACUAUUAUUUUUCUUGUGUUUGUUUUUUAAGCAGCUUUUCUAAGUCAGUGGUUCAGCUCCUUUGAGUAAAGCUCUCAAUUCCCACAUGCCGUUUUGAAGAAGGAGAAAGCUUUGCUACUUUGUUCACAGGCUGCAGAUGCUAUUGGAAAGAUGAAAGUAGAGAAGCUGAUUUGGGCAUUUAUAAUUGUUUAUACGUUAGUACAACUCUUUCAGAAUUUGUUUGUUUGCUUCACUUUGGAUAGUAGCCAGGAAACCUUGUAUCAGCUUCCAGGUAGCCCACAGAUUAUCUGUUGCUUACUGAAAAAAACCAAGCUUUAGUUUCAGAAGUUCAGAAUAAUGAACCAAACUGUCAGAGCUGUCUUGACCAUGCAAUUCAGCAGAUGGGUUUUUUCUCAUUAUCAACUAGAAUUGAAUUAUUUUCCUAUUUCAAUUGGAUGAGAUCAUCAAAUUCUGCCUGUAUUACAGUACUCAAAAAAGAAAACCAAAAGUCAACAAAUCUGUUUUCUUAUUGACUUUUUAAUUAAUGUAUUGCUGUAGGGGAAAGACUGUGUAUUCCUAACUUUAUUUAACUAUGGUGUGUAAUGUUUGAAUAUAGUAUUGUAGAUAUGUUUUCUUUCUAAAUGUACAUACUUGAAUGUUCGUUUAAGUGUCAUACCCUUUUUGUUUUCAAGUUUCAAUUUUUAGUCACUGUACAUAGACACAUGUGGAACCACUAUGAGCUUAUUGGGAAUUGUUGAUACUAGGUAGUAGGAUCAAGCUGAAGUCCAGGAUCAAACUGUAAAGGACCUUUAAAUCAUGAAUCAUAGAAUACCAGGUUGGAAGGGGCCUCAUGGAUCAUCUGGUCCAACUUUUCUAGGCAAAGCAUGACCCAAACUAGAUGUCCCAGCACCCUGUCCAGCCGAAUCAAGUGUCCAGUGUUGGGAAGGCAGAGGCAGAAGGUGUGAUGCCAUCUCAAAAAAGAUGGUGUGUCUCAAAAAGACACACAACCCUAUUUACAAACAAAAGCUGUAUAUCCCAAUAUGCUUUCACCUCACUCGUAGUUGCUUUUCCUGACUCAGUGGGUUUCACAAAGGGACACUGCUCUGAUUGUUCACCUUCAUCAUCUUAGAUGCAGCUCAUUGUGCUCCAGUUCUUGCUGAUGAGGUUACAGGGGUUCUUCUGCUCCUUGCUCUGUGUAUUCACUGUGACUGGCCUUUCAUCAUAUAGCCUAACACUGUGCUUUGUUUGUCCAAGGAAUACCAUACCCAUUCCUGGAGUCACUCCUGUUUCACUUGUGGUGUGCAGACAUUUGAAUGUUCUAUAAUUAGAAAAAAAUGGGGUUUAGAAGCUUGUGAUGUUUAGGGAUGCUAUUUCCAUUCCUUCCUCUAGGGUUUACAAAAUGCUGUUAACGGUAAAGCAAGUGCUGUCAAUGUAACCAGACAGUCAAACAGAAUAGCAUGUACAGGUUAUACAGGAAUUUAUUUCAGUUAAGUACCAGACAGCAUCCUCAAAAUAUGAUUCAGAAAAAUAGAAGAUGUUACUACUCAGUCAAAAUACUGACAAAAAUUAGGUCUAUUGAUGACUCUCUGUAUGGUAAUGCAGUUUAUUAGUGGUUCCUGAUAUAAGAAUUCUAAGUAGGUCGGUAUUGCUCAGCACUCCCAGGUUUGCAUCUUACAGUAAAAAUGUGUAACUGAAGACCUUUUCAAAACAUCUCUUUCAGCUGACCUUAAUAGCUUUUGCAUCGGACCUUAAUAAGUUAAUGAAUUACUCUAGCAAAUCUCUAAAGAAUAUUGGGCAUGGUUGUGUUGUAUAAUGGAAACAAGUUCAGUGGCAUUUGCAGCUUUUAGUUGUAGUGUUUGAUUUUUUGGAACAGCUUUUUGUUAUCAGUGAAUAUAUUAAUAGCUCCAUGAGAUGCUUUUAAAUUUUUAUUUAACUACCAUACAAUAUUCUUCAUUAGACUAGGAAAAAGAUAAUGUGGUUUGGAAGAGGAAGUGCAGUGUGUUUUAAUGGCUUCUUCAUGUUGUUUGAAUCGGUAGUAUCUUUCCGUAGUUUGUUGCCUUUUGUUGGAGGAAGGGAAGGGAUGCCGGCUAUGUAAACCAAUUGAUGGGCACAUAUUUUAUGCGUGCAUUUUCAGUUGAUUCCUUUUUGUGUUAGAUUCUCACAUACAAUUUUGGGGUUUUCUACUGGAUGCAUUUCUUCAUAGUUUGUGUUUUGCCUCUCAUGCCUCCCACUUGGAGAUGUGGUAAUGUGAUACAGAACAAGUACAGACCAGAUGAGUAAUACAUGAGAAAGUGGGUUUAUAGCAUCAUAUAAAUGCUUUAUCUGCUUAGCAUGAGAAAAGGUGCAUAUGGCUUCCAGUACUUUGUAUAUAUUCUUAAUGCACUUUUUUUAUUCCAGUGGGCAAAUCUUGUAGCUCAAACUAUGGGUAAAACUGCAUCUCUUGCUCAGAGGAGGGGGGUGAAGUGACUUUCCUUCUCGUGCAGGGGCAUGUCCUUCUGGUUUUUUUAAUUACUAUUUAUUUUAGCAAAUAGAAUUAUAUUAUUGACCACAAUUUUUCUUGAUUUUUUUUUUUUUUAUUCCUAACAAGGUUUUCUACAUACAUGGAAGCUUUAAGUGUCUGAAUUUAUAGAGUUAUGAGUGAUAUAAGCCAUUUUAAACUAGAUAUAGUUUUGCAGACAAUAGCAGAAAUUUAUGUGCAUUCUUAAGAUCUGUAAUAUUUAAAAAUCACUGUUAUUCAUUAUGACUUACCUCAAAGGCACAUUGCAGCGAAGCUCCCACAGAAGUGUGUUCAUAAACUUCAUAUAGCAACUCACUUUGUUUAAUGUGUGGGAGAUGCUGUGACGCAUUGUGUAUAUUUGUCCUCCAGGCUGCAGUUGUGCUGCCUGAGGAGAAUUUACCAUGCACAGCAGCUUAUCAACCACCCUCCACUAACUCCACUCAAAUCUGCCAGUUCAGUUGUUAAUAAAAUUGCUAACACGUAUCAGUAAUUUUAAUUAAACAUUUAGCAUUUAGAAUUAAUCAUUAUAAUUUUCACUGAAAUCAGUUGUCAGGGAUUAGAGCUUCCCUGUCCCAAGCAGGGAAAGAAUAGUGACAAUUAGUUGGAGACAGUUGUUGAAAAUGUGAGCCCUGGUUAUUUUUUAAUUAAGCCACCUCAUCUGUCUUUGUAGUGUACAGUAAAUCAAUUUAGAAAUGAUAUUUCUAAUAUUUUACAUUCCGUUAUGUUCAUGUAACCCAAUUUGAAUACCAUCAGAAGCAGCUGUUCUGUAUUUUAUAGUUUUUGUACUACCAUAUGUAAAAUCACCACUCUCAUUAAGGAUCAGGAUUAAUUCUCCUUUAGGAUUCAGCACACCUAUAUCUGAGUUCCUGAGUUUACCUUAGUUUCUUUGUCAUAGAAUUGUAUAAUCAUAGAAUGGUUUGGGUUGGAAAGGACCUUGAGAUCAUUCAGUUCCAACCCCCUGCCAUGGACAGGGACAUCUCACACUAGACCAUGUCAUAGAAUCAUAGAAUAGUUAGGGCUGGAAACAGCCUUAAGAUCAUCUAGCUCCAGCCCCCCUGCCAUGGGCAGGAACGCCCAAGACUGUCCAGCCUGGUCUUGAACACCGCCAGAGAUAGAGCAUUUACCACUUCUCUGGGCAACCUGUUCCAGUGCUUCACCACCCUCACAGUAAAGAACUUACAUCUAACCUGAACUUUCCCUGUUAAAGUUUAAACCCAUUCCCCCUUGUCCUGUCUAUACAGUCCCUGAUGAAGAGUCCCUCUCCAGCAUCCUUGUAGGCCCCCUUCAGAUAUCUUAAGAUAAUCUGGUAAUAGUUACUGGAUUCUAGGACCUAUCAGCACCCACCCCAUGAUUCUAGGUAGCAUUAGAAUAAGAUUAUGUCCUCAGGUCAGCUUCAUCAACCUUAGCACUUACGCAGCUACUGUCAAAAGUUUUACCUUUACCUCUGGCCUUGUCCAGUGAGGUCCUGAGGUUGGUUUUAGAUCUCUCAGAACAUCCCAUCAAACUUGAGUGCCCUGUGCCGUGAUUUUGAUGUCUUUUGAUUUCAGGAAACUUUGAUCCUAUAGGUUAAAUACUUUGGCUGUUAUGUAAUUUGCUGUCUUAACUAUGUGCUUAAUUAUUAUCAGUGGAACAGAUUUUUGUCACAGCUGUAAAGGUAGAAACCUUGGAUAUAAGUUGAGGAAUGUUUGUGUAACUGUAAUUACUGUAAGUACUUGUUGCCCACUUUGCUAGUCCCUUGCUUUCAAGCACUCCAGAGGACUUUCUGUCCAACUGCAGGCCGUAGGACUAAGCAAAAGAAUUGCAAGUAUUUUUCAAGUCUUGCCUACUUCUUUUGAAACAUUGACAGUUUUACUCUAAAGAAACCUCAUUUGUGAAAUUCUGUUUGUAAGUCUACCUGAAGUUAAUGCUCUGUACUCAACAUGCCUCUGAAGAGCAAUAUUACACACAGUUAUUUCCCAUUUUGCCUAAAUAUUAAGAAACUCAACCCAUCUGGCCCUUGUCAGACUUCAUAGAAAGCAAAGCAACAAUUCCUGGUUUGAUUUUACAUUCAUGUUGUUUGAAAAAUAAGAGCUUGAUUUUCUAGCUCUUGAUUGAACUGAAAUACCUGUGUAUGAACCAUACGUUCGAGGCAUCUGUCCUGCACGUUGCCUAUAGCAAAUAACUGGCUUCCAGUUCUUAACAAUUUUGAAUUGAUAGAAGAGUGAAGAAACAGAAUUGCAGAAUGUUUUGUUUUUUGAAUAUUUAAUUUCUAAGCUAUCCAGUUUCACUUUUCAAGGAGAAUUGGUGCAAUUAAAACUGUCUCUUCUGUAGAAUUGCUGCCAUUAGUGUACCAUUAAUCAUUGUGUCAUUAAAACCUCUGGUGGAUCUGUGUGAUUUCUGUGAGAAGUUAGUUAAGGAGAAAGAAUAAAUGAAGGUAGUUGUAAAACUGCAACAGGGUGAAAUCCAGAUGCUCCAGGGUUAGCAGCAGAUAUCUUUAGGGCCAGGAUUUCAGCCCAGUGUGACAGAAAUUCCAUGUUUAAAUUACAUCGUUCUGACUGAAGGAAGAAAUCAGUGCCUUCCAUAACAAUACUUGAAAGUACAUCUUUAGAGAAAUGCUGGAGUACUGAUUGAAAUAAGAUAUUUGACCUUCGUGGUUUGCAAGUUUUCAGGGUUUUAAUUCUACUAAUUCUGAAACUGAAGAGUUUUCUUCAUGUUUUAUGAAUGAAGUUGAAAUCGAGGUGCUUACAAUUCAAACUACUCUUCUUACGAAGUACUUCAAAAUGUUAUUUUGUUGUUUGGGGUGUGCUUGUCUUGUGAACUUACUUUGAAACUGUUGUUACCUCUUUUGUACACUUCAGAGCAAACUUGGCAGGGAGAUUUCAAACAGCUUCAAAUUCAGUGAGAUGGAAGGCAAAACAUGCAGUGAUCUGAAAGGGUGAGGGUGAUGCUUCUUGGUAUUUGAGGGGUGGAGGGUUGGUCUCUGUUUUGUUUGGUUGGGUAUUUUUUCGCCUGUUGUACAGAUCAGCAAGGAUUCUUUAAAUGGCAGAAGGUUGUGUGUAGGGGCAGCUAGGAAGGGUCAGCUUUUCUCACUGUGAAACCAUGUAACUGCAUUUAGAUUCUGAUUCUGGGAUGUGUAGAAAUCCCAGCAAUAUAACACUAGUGAAGAAAGUCACAUUUGAGCACUUAACACCUUAAUAAAUGCCUCUAUAUGGUUUAAGGGGAAAGGGGGGGAUUUUUUCUUCUUCCUUGAGAACUUAAGUGUUGCUUUGUGGACAUUGGAAUAUUUCUGUCUGCUCUUUGAGAUACUAAACCUCUGUUUUUCCAUUACAUGUGAUGCAAAGCCUUUCAGAUGUCUGAGCAUUUAAAAGAUGUGGUUUAUAUUUGUUGCUACAAAAUAUGUGAAGAAUUAAAAGUGAAGGCACUUCAUCUACAGCUGAUGUAGAUUGUGUAAAUUCUUCAUAUACAGCAUUGCCUAAUAGUGUUCGGAACAAUAUUCAUGGAUUAUGAUCCUUUUUAACUAAAAGGUAAAUGUCCUGUAAUAUUAUGAGAACAAAUAAAUACACUGUAGAAGAAAUGUCAGCCUUGGAUAUCAAUUCAACAAAUAAACAGUGAUUAAAGAAUGUCCUCUUUCUCCUGUGGAACCUCUUUUCCCUUGUAAAGCUUUUUCAUGGAAAAAUAAACAUUCAGCAUUUCAUCUUUUCUUUCAAA